CCCCUCAGCCCGCGGGCCCAGUGGGCAUGGUGGCGGGGCGGCUUCCCGCAGCCCACCGGGAGCCGGGGUGCGCGGUGUCCCCCGGCAGCGCCGGUGGUGCCCUGUCGCCCCUUUGCAGCCCCCCCAGGUGCCCUGGGCUCGGUGGCACAGACCCGGGCCGGUGUUUGCCCCGACGCCUCCCUGCAAACCUGCUGUGGCUGGUGCCCGCCCCGCCUGCGCGCCCUUCCUCACGGCGGGAGGAGGAGGAGGAGGCGUCUGCGGGACGGGGACGGCUCUGGAAGGAGCGUGAGUGGGAGCGGGACAGGAGUUGGGGGCCGCGGUGUGGUGCAGGCCGACGGGACGGGAGGGCUCGGCUGGGCCCACCACCAGCGCGGGGACGCGUCCGUCAUGGCGGGGAAGCUGAGGCGGAGGGGAAGGGGGCUGCUGGAGGAGAAGCGGUGGCAGAGCCUGGAGGAGAGGGGCACCGGGGGCACCCAGGUGGGCCACCCCGUACUCACCAGAUCCAAAACCUGUGACCCCUCCUUCUGCAAGGGGACCGAGCAGGCGGCGGCCGCGGCGGGGCAGGGACACCCGUCCCCUUCGGUGAGUCUGGGGGCACCGGGACGCAGGAGGGGGGACCCCAGCCCCGUGGCCCUGGUGGGACGCUCUCCAUGGGGCGGGUGCCAAGGCGAGGGCCCGUCCGUGGCGGAGCUGAGCAAGCGUGCCGCCGGCUACCGCAAAGCCUUCGGGGAGCUCGCCGAGCGGGAAGCGCUGCUGGCCUGCUUCUCCUGCGCCUGGCAGAGAGACGUGCCCUACCACGGCCGCCUCUACAUCUCCUCCCGCCACGUCUGCUUCCACUCCAGCCUCCUCCUCAGGGACAUCAAGGCCGUGGUCCCCGUCUCCUCCAUCUCGGCCCUCAAGAAGACCAACACGGCGCUUCUGGUGCCCAACGCGCUCAGCAUCCGCACGGCCGAGGGGGAGAAGUUCCUCUUCGUGUCGCUGCGCCAGCGGGAGGCCACGUUCCAGCUCCUGAAGUCAGUCUGCAAACACCUGCAGGACAACGGCUGGAGGCCCCUGGACUCUCCGAGCACCGAGGAAAUCCUUAGGAAGCCUCUGACCUCGAGCCAGUCGGACCUGGAGCAGAGCACCCCGGAGCCCGACAGCCUCCAGGAGCUGCCAGAUGGGCCGAGCCCGACGCCAAGGCAAGCGGAGGAGGAGGAUGAAGAGGCGGCGGCGGCUCUGAGCAACGAUGAGCGGGUGCCCUUGGCAAAGCCGCACAGCCUCCGGGGGGGACCCCACACCGCACUAUGGGCCCAGACCACGGCGCAGCUGAGGCCCCUCAACACCGUCAUCCUCAUCUACCUGCUGCUGAUGGUGGCCCUGCUGCUGUCCUCGGGCUACAUCGGUCUGCGCAUCGUGGAGCUGGAGCAGCAGCUGGCGUCCACGGGGGCUCGGCCAGGCCUCAACCUGUCGCACCAGUGAGUGGCGGGGGCUCCUCUGUCCCCAGUGCAGUGGUGGGGACCCCCCCCCCAGGUACAAGAAGGGGGGUCCCGUCCCCCCCCGCCCAGGUACAAGAAGACGUGAGGCCAGCCAGGACACAGCCAUCACCGGGACACCAGGCUCAGCCCCAGCCAAGGGGACAGGCUUGGGGACGCACCUUCCAGCCCCCCAAGUAUGCCUGGGGACACCACACAGGCUGUGGGGCUCCAUCUUGCUCCCCCCACCCCGAGCAGCAGCAGCAGGAUCCCGGGCAGCUCCCGGGGGGGGGGCAAAGAGACGCGCUGGGGGGGUGGGCUGGGUGGCAUCAGGUACCCACCACCCACCCG